ACAGCGCAUCUUGUGAGAGGAGCAGUCACUCAGAGCAGCAACAUGUCUUUCUCGUGGAGUGUACUGUUUGUCACAGUGUUGGGAUCAGUGUCUUCUGAACUUUACACGGCUCGCAUAAACAUGGCAGGAAUCCGGGGCACUGUUGACUUCGACACCGGUUCACAAGAGAUCUCGACCAAUUUGACGAGCGAUUGUGCUCAAGUCAACGUUUCCAUCCACGAAUUGCCAAUCAUGUACGGUCACUCCGAGAGCCCCUGCAGCCCGGCGAAUACCGGUGGCGAGAUCUAUAGAUUCGUCGGGAAUGGGAUGCACAGUACGCUGAAUUACAGCGACUUUUUCAAGACAGAAUCUUCCUUGUCAGAUCUGUCAGUCAUCAUCCACCAUUGCCAAACCGAUUCCCGAGCAUGUGGCACCGUAACAAAGAAAUCCGGACUCACCAAGACCUGGCAGGGGAAAUUCUUUAUCUCUGUAGCCGGUGAGGUGUACAUCCGCCAGAAUGUUAACGAGACCUCGUCCAGAAUUCUAACAGACCUCAGAGUGACCAACAGCAGUAGGCACAUUCAGAACGUAUCUCUGUACCUUUCACAGACUUGUGUUGAGGGGGCACAAGACAACGCGACAUCUAAUCGGGUACUCCUGGGCGAGUUCCAAGUCGGUACCCCUUUAAAUGCUCGAAGAUUUCGAAACGAUGGGGUCAAUUUAACAACAGGGACUCCAGAAAAGUUUCUGGUCAUGAACGACAAUGGAACAUUGCAUUGUGCUGAACUUAGGCAGCUGGAAGCAAAGAGGGUUUCUGCUGUCAUAGGCAUGAAAGGUGUCAAGGGGUAUUUAAAUUUCAGCCAAAUAUCUCCAUUUGAUCCUACAAUUUUCACCAUUUUUCUGACAAACCUGAACAAGCUGGCUAAAGCAUACCAUGUCCAUAAUUUUCCCGUGCCACAACAGCGUACUGCAAAAGAUAUGCUUUGUAGCAAUGAUAACCUAGGAGGACACUGGAAUCCAUUUGGCUUAGAUACAUCCAGCACCUCCUAUCCCAAAUUCCCGAAUGGGACCCAUGAUCACUAUGAAGUAGGAGAUCUGAGUGGAAGGCAUGGCUCUUUAGCUGAUAUGAAUGAGUUUGAAAAAACCUUCAAGGACUGGAAUCUCCCUUUAUUUGGGACCAACAGCAUUGUUGGUCGUUCGGUGGUCAUCCACCACCCCAAUAGUUCUCGUUGGCUGUGCGGCAGUAUUGGAUACCCAGGAGAGGUCAAAACUGCAGUAGCCAUAUUUACAAGCCCUGUGGCAGGAAGAAUAAUGUUUAAACAAUUGGCAAACAAUCCCUACUCAGAUGUAACUAUCUUUUUGGAACUUUCUUAUGUCAACUCGUCCGCCUUAGUCACAGAUGGUCAUAACUGGCAUGUCCAUGAAUAUCCUAUUAGUUCAGAAUCAGAUUCUGACACAAGUAUUUGUUCAACUACCAUGGGGCAUUUUAACCCUUUCAAAGUAGACGUUAAAAAUCUUUAUAAAACGGAGUGCAGUCCUGAAAGCCCUUUCAGGUGUGAAAUUGGAGACUAUGCCAGUAAACAUAAAGCAAUAAAUCUGCCUAACCGCACUGGAACUGUUAAUACCAAGAGUUUUUUUACUGAUACCACUUCAGCGCUUGAUGGACAACGUUCCAUUUUCCCCAGAUCAGUAGUUAUUCACGGAAAAAAUUACUCAUCUACCCGGUUAGCUUGUGCAAACCUAACCCUCCUUCACUCAGUUCAAUUGAGGACUGAUGCAUGGAUGGGUGUUGGAAAACUAAAUGGAAAUGUAACAUUCAAACAAGUUUCCAAUUUGGAUCCCACUGUCAUUCAGACGAAUUUAAUGGAUAUAAAUGGAAACGCAAAAAAUUAUUUCAUAAAUACUCUUCCCAUCAAGAAUGGCUCUUCGGCAUGUUCUGACGCCAAUGUUGAAGGGCAUUACAACCCAUUCUCUGUGAAUAUGUCUUUGUCUCCUGCACCAGGCAAUGGUACAGCUGAUCAGUAUCAAGUUGGUGAUAUCAGUGGUAAAUUUGGAACAUUAUCUGGUCUAAAACAGUCAUUCCAACAGCAUAUAGACACCAACAUGGCACUGUUUGGACCUCGUAGUAUUGCCGGACGUUCAUUGGUUAUUUACUCGUCAAAUGAAUCACGUUGGCAAUGUGCAAAUCUAAUCGCUGACAAUGAUGCUGCAGGGGAGUGGAUUCGAGCCAAGGUUGUCUUUAAUGGCACGAUGAACGGGACAGUCACACUGUUGCAACUAGUCUUCCCAGAUGGGAGUUCAAGUGACACAACAGUGGAAGUGUACCUUCAGCAAACGAGGAGACACUCUAGUGCUAGUGAGGAUCUAAAAUGGCAUAUUCACACCUACCCCAGAAAAGAAGAUGACCAGACCUGCAGCAACGUAGGAGGACAUUAUAAUCCUUACAAAAUCGACACAAAGGCCAAAUACAAUUCCACCUGUUCGUUAUCUUAUCCUUUGCACUGUGAAGUGGGAGACAUGAACUCCAAACAAGGCCCCAUCAGUCUUGGGAAGAGAUACUUAAUGAAUGACGUCAAUCUGCCACUAAAUGGAGAUUUUACUGUUGUGGGCCGAUCAGUGGUGGUCCACAGUAAUGGACCUAAAGGAAAGUUGAUGAAUUGUGGUACCGUUGUUGCCGACUCUCCAGUGAAAUCACUUAUUUUUCCCACCGUGAAACAUUUCAGCAGAUAUGAUUUCCGUCAUACCAUUGCUGACUUCCUGGGGAUUCAAGUCUGGAGGGUAACCAUUUUACCAGAAGGAAAAGGUGUGUUGGUGACAAAGGGCUGCCAGAAAGUCCGCUUUUACACCGUGGGAAAUGUUGAUCAGCAAAAACUGAAUGCAAUAGAGAAAAGUAAGGAGUUGGGUAAUUACACAACUACAGACGAUUGCAGAUCAGAUCCCAGUGGCGCUGCCGGCUCUGGCCAUUUCCCAAAUGACCAAACACUGAUUCUCUUGAUAUUGGCUGUAAUGAUGCAGUUUGGUCUGUACUGUGUAUUAGAAUAGUUGACUUUGCUCUGUGGAUGACGCUAGCUAUCUGCCUCAGUAUUGCUGUCCAACCCAGAAUACUGCCUUCCCCCGACCCAAACCCAACUUUAAUGCAUUUAAAUCAACUCAGAGCCUUUGCUGUCUUUGGUCACCUUGCAUCGCACACACUAAUCCAUUUUUUUUAGACCUAUACUUUUAUUUUCCUAUGAACCAACAUCUAAGAUGUAAAGUGGAACAUAUUCAUAGGGAUAUCUUUUGGUUAAAAGUAGCAGUGAAUCAACUCAAAAAGAUGCAAUGAAAUUAUUGCAAGGGAGCUAAUCUAAUCUCGGUAUUUAGCAGGCCGAACUGAGAUUACGUUUUUAUCUGUUGAAACAAAAAUAUACUCAGCAGUUUUAGCUGGUUGAACUCCACCAGUCCU